GUGACAGACAAUCAAAGCAAACGAUCGCGCGUUUGCCACGAGCGAUUGUGAAAGAAAACUCGGUUCGAUAUAUAUAUAUACAUAUAUGUAUUGUGAUUAUUAAAAUUUGUGCAGUUAAAAGAUUACAUUGGAAAUAGAAAUAAGACUGUUGAUAGAAUAAUUAAUAAAAUGCUUCGUUUAUUAACAAGAAAUUUAGAAUUAACACGCACAUUUUCUACUAAAGUUGGUCCGGUUCCGGAUACAAAUCCACCGGUUUUAUAUUCUGGGAUUUUUAUAAAUAAUGAAUGGCACAAAUCACAAUCUGGAAAAACUUUUCAAACAGUGAAUCCUACCACAGAGGAGGUAAUAGCAGAUGUUCAAGAAGGAGAUACUGCUGAUAUUGAUAUAGCUGUGAAAGCUGCGAGAAAAGCUUUCAAACUUGGUUCACCAUGGAGAACAAUGGAUGCCUCAAUGAGAGGCAAACUUUUAAAUCGUUUAGCAGAUUUUAUAGAACGAGAUAAAACUUAUAUUGCGUCGUUGGAAACAUUGGAUAAUGGAAAACCAUUUGCAUCUUCUUACGGUUUUGAUGUACCAAGCAGUAUUGCCGCAUUAAGAUAUUAUGCUGGUUAUGCUGACAAAAAUCAUGGCAAAGUCCUUCCAAUGGAUGGUAAAUUUUUUGCAUACACAAGACAUGAACCAGUUGGUGUUUGUGGACAAAUAAUCCCAUGGAAUUUUCCACUAUUAAUGAUGGCAUGGAAAAUUGCUCCAGCUUUAGCAACAGGAAAUUGUGUCAUUUUAAAACCAGCAGAACAAACACCCCUGACGGCUUUAUAUGUUGCCCAAUUGACAAAAGAAGUUGGAUUUCCCGAUGGUGUUGUUAAUGUUGUUCCUGGAUUUGGUAAAGUCGGUGCACAUUUAGUGCAACAUAUGAAUGUCGAUAAGGUGGCUUUUACCGGCUCUACGGAAGUUGGGAAAUUAGUAAAGCAGGGCGCUGCAAUGAGUAAUUUAAAGAGAACGACACUUGAAUUGGGCGGAAAAUCGCCAAAUAUUAUUUUAGAAGACGCCGAUUUCGAUCAUGCGGUUGAAACAUCACAUUUUGGUCUCUUCUUCAAUAUGGGUCAAUGUUGUUGUGCAGGUUCUAGAACUUUUGUUCACAGUUCAAUUUACGAUAAAUUUAUUGAACACAGUGCAGCGAGAGCAAAAGCAAGAACUGUUGGAAAUCCAUUUGAUUCUAAAAAUGAACAAGGUCCUCAGGUGGAUGAAGAUCAAAUGAAGAAAAUCUUGAGUUUAAUCGAUAUUGGAAAAGCAGAAGGAGCAAAAUUACUUUGCGGAGGCGAAAGAGUAGGUGACAAAGGAUAUUUUAUUUCCCCAACUGUUUUUGCUGACGUAAAAGAUGAAAUGACAAUUGCAAGAGAAGAGAUCUUUGGUCCAGUACAGCAAAUUUUGAAAUUCAAUAAUUUAGAUGAAGUUAUUUCACGUGCAAAUAACACUGAUUAUGGACUUGCAGCUGCAGUUUUCACGAAAAAUAUCGAUAAAGCGAAUUAUCUUAUUCAGGGUUUAAGAGCUGGAACUGUUUGGGUGAAUACCUAUAAUAAUCUAUCACCUCAAGUUCCAUUUGGCGGAUAUAAAAUGUCUGGUCAUGGCAGAGAACUUGGAGAAUAUGGUUUGGAAGCUUACACUGAAGUAAAAAGUGUCAUUGUUAAAGUUAAUGAGAAGAACAGUUAGAAAUUGUUGAAUCUCAUCGAAUUAUUCAGUCAAUUUAUUUUCUCCUCUGUCUUUACAACUUCAUUUUUAUAUUUUUAGAAAAAAAAAAUUUUUGUGAACAAUUUUUUUUAUUACAAUUUUUGGGAAAAUGUAGUCUUUUUCUAAAAAAUAUUAUUAAGAAGCAGUUGAGGAGGUAAAUAUUUUAUUUUUAUAUAAUAAUUCAUAUAUUACUGUUUCAAUAAAUAUAAAUAUAUAGGCUUUUUUUGUAUAAGUUAUAAAAGAAAAAUAAUUAACUUUCUUAAUAAAGAAAUUUUUUAAUAAUAA